UCACGGCCAUAUUUUUCACAUGCAACAAACAAAUUAUAAUUAACAAUUCUGGUCCCCCAAGUCCCUCAAGAAUGACAUUAUAAAUCUGUUCCAGCUCUCUGACACGACAACCAAAAAGAUCAGAUCGAUCUUACGGAAUAAUGGCAGUGGUGGGAGCUAAGCUAGUUUCAAUAAAAGAAUCGACAACACUUGACGUCUUUGUGAAAGGAAGUUAUUCUCCAACAACCACCACAAUUGAGCCGUCAAAUAAUUCACCUCCUAAGCAAUUGUUUAUUGUUUGUCCGUCGGAAGCAGGAACUUAUGAUGUUAUAUUGUUCUUCCCUGGUACCUCCCUUAGCAACAACAGCUAUUCUGAGCUCUUUCAACAUAUUGCUUCCCACGGAUUCAUACUUGUUGCUCCUCAGUUAUACAGCUUGUUGCCACCGUGUGGAAACACGGAAGUUGACUAUGCAGCACAGGUUGCAAAUUGGUUAUCUUCAGGGCUUCAAUCAGUUCUUCCGGAGAAUGUUAAACCAAAUCUAAACAAUCUUGUUCUUUCCGGCCACAGCCGAGGAGGACAAACAGCUUUUGCUCUAGCAAUUGGAUACGCCAAAAGCCCUCAAGUCGUCCCUCAAUUUUCAGCAAUAAUCGGCAUAGACCCCGUCGCGGGGACAUCAGUACUCACCGCACUUAAUCCACCCUUGCUCUCUCACGACUCAUUCGACUUCUUGUCUUCCUCCAUGCCGGUCACCGUGAUCGGAACCGGGCUGGGUGGCGUAACAAAGUGCUUUGCGUCCUGCGCUCCAGAAGGAGCCAACCACGAGGAGUUUUAUAAGAGAUGUAAAUCUACUCGAGCUCAUUUUGUUGCCACAGACUACGGCCACAUGGAUAUAUUGGAUGAUCGUCCGGCGGAUUUGAAUUCCAGGGUAUUGUCUAAAUGUUUGUGCACAAAUGGAAAGUACUCAAGGGAUCCCAUGAGAAAAUGCGUUGGUGGAAUUGCGGUGGCGUUUUUGAAGAAAUUUGUUGAUUUGAUCAGCGGUGAUGAUGAUUUUAUCACAAUUGUGAAAGAUCCUUCUGUUGCUCCUAUAAGGCUUGAUUCAAUCGAGUUCAUUGAAGGAUAAAAUCAUGCGUGGCCAACACCCAAGUUAGUUUGAAUAGGCGUGGCUAUGGAUUUAUUCAUAUUCAUUACGGUCUUUGCAUUGAAGAGCCUUUACCAUGAAUUAUGGCUGCUUAUUUUAAGUAUCUGGAGAGAUAUAUAUUUAUAUGUAUUAUUUUAUUAUUAAAUAAUUUUAAAUUAAAUAUAAUAUAAUAUUUAAUCA